AUGCUACCGUCGAUGGAUUAUUUUGAUGACGAAGUGGCCUUUUCUCCAUUCUUCCGAGAAUUGGAAGAGCUGCUCCAGGACUACGUCGAGUGGGAGCCUCCUGCCGAUGAGCCGGACGAUACUGGAGUCAUGAAAUCCUCCCCUCCCGGACCAUGCGUUACAUUCCUGGACCUCCCCGAACAUAUCCUAAUCAAGAUCCUUCAGUACGCUGGACUGCUGCGGCAUUGUGUGGUCAACAUAAGUUUCGAAAAGUACCGCACAAAACGACCCACCACAACCACACAAGCCUGCAGCCUCAUACGUCAAACUCGUGGUCUAUGGACCACUACUGUUGAUGGUCUCUGCAGCCACCCAGGCUUGCCUUUGGCAUUGCUCGGGACCUCUCGCAGCAUGCGCAACGCAUUAGGCCCCUUUUUCUUCAAACACAAUAGGUUCACUGCCUUUCUCCCUACGAAAGCGGAUUUCAAGACCUUUCGCGCGGCUACCACAUGGGGUUUAGAUAAUCUGGCGUCUCUGCAUCUGGAUCUGGGCCCUAGAGAGAACCGGAAUUUGAAGCUUGACGGGGACGGGGCACAUCGCACUGCAUUUUGGGUCUGGGUGGAGUUCUGCAAGCUCGCCACAGAAAGAAUGACCGGGCUCCGAAAUUUCAGUCUCAGAUGCCGAGUCAAGGAGGUUGAUGUGGCAUGGCGACUCAUACGCGAGGCAAAAUCAUUCCCCAAGCUAUCUCGCUGUGCCAUCCAUUUCAGCACUGCCCCGGACGAAGAGAUCAGGCCUAUACUGAAGAGGGCUGUGUGGAGAUUGACCGGCAGUUUGGAAGAAAGGCCUGCAUUUUCAUUCCACCGUCUCCCUAAAGAGGUGCAGUACAUGAUCCUAGAAUAUGUACUGAUUGAUCGCUCCGAUCCAUAUAUCCCGGCAGCUGAGUGGUCGCGCGGAGUUGUCACGCUUCAAGAGCGUAGGCGCCCACGGAUCCCCGUGUAUCCCCUCACAUGCUGCGGCACCUGCUCGCCUCUGCGAACCAUGUGUUUCUGCCACGCCCGCCAAACCUCUUAUUCUUCGACCUGUAGCUGCUACACCUCUCCGUUACCCUACUUUCUCGUCAGCAGGGGCUUUUACGACGAUGCAAGUCGCAUCUUUUACUCGAAAAAUAUCUUCGCUUUCGUGGAGGAAGACCCGGUAUUUAUGAUGGCGUUCUUCAACUCCAUAUCGGACUCAACCUUAAAGCUGUUCCGCCAUCUGACAUUCAAAUUCCCGGCGCUGCAUCGCGGCCGGAGCAGCAAAGGCGGACAUCGACCCGAAGAUGCCAUUCUAGCCUCCUGGAGCGUCCUUCGUCGGUUUAUUCGCGAGCAUUUCGCAAUUCCCCUCCUUUCGAUCACGGUCAUUGAUCUCGGCACCAAGACUCAUGACGUAAGCAUUAUCCAGAGCCGGAACAGAUAUCUGCGGAAAUUGCUCAAAUCCUUCGAGGACCUGCGCACGCUUCGCGAUUUUCGCGUUUUCCUGGCCGAUGACAGCAUCUUCGAGGUGCAAGCUGAGAGCGCUGUUCUGGGGACUUCGGCUCGAGAGAGGGCAAGCAGCUUACCAUUCAUCGGGACCAGGCAUUUGACCAGGCGUGGGCUAUUGGCUGGGUAG